ACAAAAAAAUAAUCAAUAUCCUCCGAACUCGGGUCUCCAUGGAUAAGCAGCAGCUUGUUCUUGGCUUUUUGAAUGCCUAUUUUCUAUUUUAUUCACUUGCCCUUGUGCACGGUGACAGUGUCACUUCGUGUGACCAGACCCCAUUUCCUGAAGCAUGCAACUAUUUUAUCGACACCAAUAUCUCUAAAACCCCACCGUUAUUUGCAUUACGCGACCAAUCCUUGUCGAUAACUAUGAACAAAGCCAUAGAAGCUCACCAGAUGGUGUCAUCUAUGGAGUUGAGUUCAUUUAAUCAACAGGCCAAGUUGGCAUGGGAUGAUUGUUUAAAGCUAUACGAGGAUACGGUCGAUCAUGUUAACCGUUCAAUGAGCUCUAACAAUCUAGCUGACUCUCAAACUUGGCUAAGUGCAGCCAUUGCCAACCAAAGAACAUGCGAGAAUGGCUUUAUUGACUUUAACAUUGUCUCUUAUUUAGAAUCCCUUCCAAAUAUGCUACGCAACUUCACCAAAUUGCUUAGCAAUACACUUUCCCUAAACAAGGCCAUAAUCUCCUCAACACCUAUACUACUUGAUACCAAACAAGAUGGUGGCCGCCGAAGAUUGCUUGUUGAUGGAUUCCCAUCAUGGGUUCCGGCUAGUGAUCGAAAGCUUCUGCAAUCAAAUGGCCGGGCUGCACCAAAGGCUGAUAUUGUAGUUGCCCAAGAUGGGUCUGGUGAUUACAAAACCAUAUCCGAGGCAGUGGCUGCAUCUGCUAAGCUUAGGAGCGGGACUAAGAGUAAGAGAUUUGUUAUAUACGUGAAAGGGGGUGUUUACAAAGAGAACGUGGAGAUUAAGAAGUCGAUGAAGAAUUUAAUGUUCGUUGGAGAUGGAAUUGAUGCUACAGUCAUUACUAGUAAUAAAAAUACCCAAGAUGGCACCACAACUUUUCGCUCCGCAACUGUUGGUGUUUCUGGUAAAGGCUUCAUUGCCAGAGACAUAACAUUUGAAAACACUGCCGGACCACAAAAACACCAAGCAGUAGCCCUGCGAUCUGGUUCCGAUUUCUCAGUUUUCUAUAGCUGUAGCUUCAAGGGCUACCAAGACACCUUAUACGUGCACUCCCAGCGACAAUUCUACCGGGAUUGUGACAUAUAUGGAACUGUAGACUUCAUUUUCGGUGAUGCUGUUGCUGUUUUGCAGAACUGCAACAUAUAUGUUAGGAGACCGAUGAGUAAGCAAACGAACACUGUCACUGCACAAGGAAGAACUGACCCUGAUGAGAACACAGGAAUAGUAAUUCAUAAUUCAAGGGUUAUGGCAGCUCCAGACUUGAGACCAGUGCAGGGUUCAUUUAAGAGUUAUUUGGGGAGGCCAUGGAAGAAAUAUUCAAGGACUGUGUUCUUAAAGAGCAAUAUAGAUGGACUUAUUGACCCUGCAGGUUGGUUACCAUGGAAGGGUGAUUUUGCUUUGAGUACUCUAUAUUAUGGUGAGUAUAUGAGUACUGGGAGCGGAGCAAGCACCAAAGGGAGGGUUAAGUGGCCUGGAUAUCACACAAUCACAAGCCCACUGGAGGCUGGAAAGUUCACUGUUGAGAACUUUUUGGCCGGGAAUUCUUGGAUUUCGGCUGCCGGAGUGCCCUUUGAGUCUGGUUUAUAAGAGAGGAAAUUUGUCAAUUGUGAUUGAACAGUGACCUCAAGCUGGGGCAAUUUCCACGUAUAGCUAGCUAUCUAGUGGUAUAGUUUAUGUGAUGGUUUUUCCUUUGUAUUUAUGGAUAUGUGAUAUCAAUUAUCACAGGACAAGGAUAUAUAUAUAUAUAUAUAUAUAUAUUCAAGACGAUUAAGCCUUGAUACCGUUCUAUUUCCUGUCA